GUCUGAUGUUAAACAUGUCUGUUCGUAGUCUACCUUUCUGAUAUAAAAUAAAACAGAGAAUUGUUAAGUGUUUAAGACACAAAUUCACAUCAACAGGUAUAAAUGUGCAUGCGUAUUUGUGCAUUGAGGACGUUUUAAACGGGAAUCUGCAGAAAAGACAUUAAUAACCACAGAUGGCGGUGAACCUGCAGCGGAAGGCGGCGAUGAAGCGGCUUGCCAUGGACCAGCACGAGCUAGAGCAACAGCCCGUGGAGAACGUGUCUGCCGCCCCUCUAGAUGAGAAUAUGCUCGAGUGGCAUUGUAACUUCCGGCUAGAUGACAUCAUCUACCACCUAAUCCUCUACCUGCCCAACAAAUACCCGUACGAGUCGCCCAGCGCGGAAUUCGUACCUGUUGGAUUCAGGUACAACAGUGGCGCGACCAUGCCCGGUAAGAAAGGGACGAAGGUGUGCCUGAACAUCUUCGCAGACUUUGCCUACAUCCACACCGAGUGGAAGGACCAGAAGGGGCUGGGGUGGUCCCCCGGCUACACCGUACAGACCAUACUCAUGAACGUGGUUGCAUUCCUGGCCGAAACCCAGUCAGGGGACAGCGUGUGGAUGAAAGACACAAUGACCCACAACAUGAAACUGUCUAAGGGAUUUAAGUGCGAAGACUGUGGCCACACUUACGACAAGCCUUACCCUCCACUGCCCGACCAGGUAAAACCAAAAAAGCCCUCCGCGGCAAAAGCCGCCCCUAAGGCCAAGGGACCUCAGAUCAUUGACUACAUGUCGAAAGAGGUUUUCAAGCCUGAGAAACCAAAGAGCGACGGUGACCUGUAUGGUUACGGACUAAUUGUAUCUGGCCCGACUCACAGACCAGCCCUCACCUCACCCUGCGAAUUCCUAAAGUUUGACUCCUUUAACGGAAUGAAGAAAGCUGUUGGUACCGUGCACAGCGUUCUAAAAGAUGAGCUAAAAUACUUCUUACCAUUGUAUAUUCACCCAAAACAUGGCGAAGGAAUUAAGGACGUAUUUGAAAGGGUUCUGACGGAAGAAAUCGCGGCUCUUCUACCGAAGUGCAAGGCCAAAAAGACACCAAUUGAAGAGAUGGUCAUUAAAACCAUACCCAACCUGAUGAGUGCAACUGUUGUUGAGUUUAGCAAGGGGACACAGCACACCAGCGACAACAGCCUGAACGGGUACUUUGCGCUGCACCGGCUGUUCCUGUGGGCGCUCGAGACCUACCCAGACCUGCAGGGAAUCAUUGAACAGCGACUUAAGGAUUUCAUAGCAGACGAGAACAACCGUACAAAGAAGGCGUGUCCCCAUAUCGGGGAGUGGCUCAUGCUGCUAUCAGGGUCAUGGAAACACAAUUGGUUGGACGCAGCGGAAGCCUACCUUUCCGAGUCAAUGAAGCGCCAGGUGAUGUGGUUCGUCAAGGAUGACUCCAAACUCGGGAUGUUGGACACGCCCAAGGAGUACAGACUCGCACAAACACUCACACGUACUGCCGUCAGCAGGAAACUAUUAGCCUUCCAGGUGUUGUUCCUGGAUAUCGCGAUGCCGGCGGGGAAGAGCCGGAAGGAGCUAAUCAAGCGUUACGACGACAACCUAGGAUUCCCGACGGCGGACAUGGUCGCCCAGAUGAAAGACUCGGUGGAGCGCAUUAACAACAUGAAGACAUUUGACGACUGGUAUAAGGUGUUAAAGUUGAAGCCUCCAAGCGAACAGGAGAUGUUCGAUAAGCUGGUGAAGAACGUCGAGUAUUCCAUUUGGACGGACGGAUACAACUGGUCCUUCUGGAAAACUGGAGGUGGUUGGGGCGAGGUGUUACGGCGGUAUAAGCCCUACAAACCCAAGACUGAUAAGCCAGCAGACGGAGGUGCAGAACCGAAGGGGAAGGGGAAGGCGCCGGUGAAGGGCUCAGCGCCAGUAAAAGGUAAAGGCAAGAAAGCCACACCAAAGGAGGAACCGGAAGUCGAGCUUGUUAAAGCGAAACCUGCGCGCGCAGCUCCCGCCGGGAAAGGACGGGGAAAGAAGGCAAAGGUCGCGGAGUCAGAGUCAGAGUCUGAUGACGAAAGUGACAUGGACGUAGAGGUACUUCCAGUGCCGCGGGGGAAGGGACGCGGCCGCGGACGGGGCCGCGGCGGCGAGGCGGUAAAGGAGGAGAAGCCAGUUGGUGGAGGUCGCAGACGGGGGGCGGCGAAAGGCAAAGCAGCUAAACAAGUAGUUGAGGAGGAAGUGAAGCCGAAGGGAAGAGGAAAGCGGUCUGUAGAAGCUGCGCUUGGGAAGCAACCAGCUGGUCGCGGCGGAAAGAAAAAGAAGGCCUGAAUAUACCAUUGACUGUGAAUCGAUUGUAUUACGGUUGAUACUUGAUUGAAGGACUUAAGGCACAGGGAGCCAUCGGUUGAUGUAUUUUUUUGUCAUAGUUGGACGUUUAUUUUAUUUUAAAUUGAUGAUACACGAUUUGUGUCUGUGUGUUGUGAAUUCCAUGUGGUGAGGCAAAGAGAAGUUGAUUCAGGUUGAAUUUAACACAAAAUGAUUUUUUUUUCAUUGAUUGAAUUUGUUUUAUUGUCAAGUGAAAGUAGUUUUAUAUUAAACCAGUCACUACACAUGAACUCAAUCAUGAACAAUAUAUUUGUACAUUGUAAUCAUUACAUAACUAUACAUCAUUUACAUAUUUUACAUGUUUAUCGUAUUUAUGUACGUAUUUUAAACUUAACAUAUUAUUUAUGUACGUGUUUUAAACUUAAUAGAUUAUUUAUGUACGUGCUUUAAACUUAAUAGAAAUAAAAUUCUAACACUGAA